CCAAUGUCGCGGGCGGGGGGCGAUGGCACUGCCGUGCUGGAGCGGGCCGGGGCGGAGACGCUGAGGAGAGCGGUGGAACUGGACGUAGCGUCUCGGUUCCAGGAGUCGCUGGUGUGCUACCAGGAGGGCAUUGACCUCCUGCUCCAGGUGGUGAAAGCCACGAAAGAUGAGGCCAAAAAACACUGUUACCGGAAGAAAAUAUCCGAGUACAUGACCAGAGCUGAAGACAUUAAGAAACACAUUGAUAAAGAGAAACAAGAUGGCAAAUACCAUAAGCAAAUCAGGAUAGAGGAAAAUGCAACAGGUUUUUGCUAUGAGAAGCUUUUCCAAGAGUACCUUAAUGAAACUGUUUCUGAAGUUUGGGUGGAGGACCCCUAUAUUAGGCAAGCUCAUCAGGUAUAUAACUUCCUACGAUUCUGCGAGAUGAUAGUUAAGGGGCCAUGCAAAGUGAAAACAAUCCACCUCCUCACUUCCUAUGAUGAAGGCGGUGGAAGGAGUCAGCAAGUAAGUGGCUUGGAAGAAAUUAAAGAGUCAUUGAGAAGUUAUGGAGUAACACUGAAUAUUGCCUUUUCAUCUUCAAUACAUGAUCGAGAAAUUAGAUUCAACAAUGGGUGGAUGAUUAAGAUUGGAAGGGGUCUUGAUUAUUUUAAGAAACCACGGGGUCGUUUCAGCAUUGGAUACUGUGACUUGGACUUGCGACCUUGUCAUGAAACAACAGUGGACAUCUUUCAUACUAAACAUACAAAGAAAAUGUGAUCAGCUAUGACUGCUUUUAAUGAGUGCUUUUUUAAGGAUAAAAAAGUCAGACUAGAAGAUGUUGCUUGACUCCAGAUGUCCAACCUCAGACGCAACUCUUCUAAGUACUUAAUGAACACAGUUUUUAUAAUCUGUAGGUUUAAGAAUAUUUCAGACUUCAGUCUGAGAAAACAGAACUGUAUGAUUAUUCCCCUCUACCUUUUCUAUAAUCUCAAACCAAUCUAUGCCCAAACUAGAUCUUGAUUUCCUGAUUCUCAAUACUGUCUGUCAAAGGCCUCUACACUGUUGUUUUUACUAUUAGUUGUUUUGUUGAGCAUUUUUUUUCUUUAUAUCUUCAAUUGACCACCUCACAAACAUUUGAAGCUGGACUACCACAUGUCCUAUUUUAUAAACAGUCGUAUUUAUUUCCUUAAAUUCCUGUUUUUUAAUCAUGUCUAAUGUUCUGCUGUCUUUUAGUCAAUUCUGUGAUACUUGAUUUCACAGACUUAACUAGUAAUUCCAGAUUUUCCAAGCAAUUUCUUUCAAGUCUCCACAUGAUGGAUUUUAAGCUGAAAAGGUUACAAAUAGCUGUGUUGUUUUCCCUGACACUCUUGUAUGUUCUUUUAUUCCACCACGUAUGAUCAUAUACCUUAUUUCCAUGAUUUGUGUUGUGAAAAAGUUGCAUGAUCCUCUACCAGUCUUUUUCUCUGACUUGUACGUUUAAUGUCCUUCCAGCUAGCCAUGCCAGUAUGGACUGCAGCAAGCUAUAUUUCCUUGCUGCUAAGAUAGUCCUCUGAAAAACUGUAAUUGAUUUUUAAAUUCUUGCAGAAGGUUGAUACUCUGAAACUUUAUUGUUAAUAAUGAUUCUAAGAAAUAUGCUAAUUGGAAAAAAUUACAAAGCCUUUUCUUGUCUUCCCUUCACCCUCUGGAAAGCAGAAGGUAACACCUGAACUGCUGGUUCUUUUUCUCCUAAUACAAGAGUUCUUAAUGAUUGCCAGCAAGAAUCCAGCAAAGUUGUGUAUUCUGCUAUGAAGAACAGGCAGUGGCUUCUUUAGUAGUUCUCAUCAAUGUCUUUUCAGCUUCAAGACAGAUUAAGUGCCUUGAUGCUUUCUGCAUCUUGUAAUACAGUAUGCCUCUAUAUUCUAGUAGCAUGUUUAUUGCUGAAACUUUUUCCUAUGUUUCUUUUCCCUGGUAUAUUCCAUUAGUCUUUUUUAAUUUGCUUUACUGUUCUUUCACCUUCUGUCAUCUAAUGCUGCUUUCUUUUAGUAUUGCCUCUGACACAAGUCUUCCAUAGCGAACGAAAAGACAUGGUGCUGGUCUUUGCCUUUUUCUCUGUGUCACAUCUUAAUAUUGGUUUGCCUUUUUUAUCCAUUUGCAUAAUUGUCUUAGCUUUUCAGCAUUGCAUCAGAAAAAUUAGUAACAUACAUGCCACAGAAGCUGAACAUUGACAGCUGGUUCCCCUCAACAUUCCAUAGAAGGUCCCUGGCUUGCUGCUGUGAUAAACUUGAGUUUCUAGUCACUGUUGUCCAUUUUAUUCAGUUGUUUAUAAUACAUGCCUAUUUUAAAUUAUAAUAAAGGUUAUUUUUUAUGAUUUGUA